CUGCUGCCUGGAAGCGCAGUGCCGAGACCAUGAGCGUGGGGUUCAUCGGUGCUGGCCAGCUGGCCUGUGCGCUGGCGAGGGGUUUCACGGCUGCAGGUAUCUUGUCGGCUCACAAGAUAAUAGCCAGCUCCCCGGACAUGGAUCUGCCCACCGUGUCUGCACUCAGGAAGAUGGGUGUGAACCUGACCCGAAACAACAAGGAGACUGUGCGCAACAGCGACGUUCUCUUCUUGGCCGUGAAGCCGCACAUCAUCCCCUUCAUCCUGGAUGAGAUUGGGGCCGAGGUCAAGCCCCGGCACAUUGUGGUCUCCUGCGCGGCGGGUGUCACCAUCAGCUCUGUGGAGAAGAAGCUGAUGGCGUUUCAGCCGGCCCCCAAGGUGAUCCGCUGUAUGACCAACACGCCGGUGCUGGUGCGAGAGGGUGCCACGGUGUACUCCACGGGCACCCAUGCCCUGGUGGAAGAUGGACAGCUCCUGGAGCAGCUCAUGAGCAGCGUGGGCUACUGCACAGAGGUGGAAGAGGACCUGAUAGAUGCUGUCACCGGGCUCAGUGGCAGUGGUCCUGCCUAUGCGUUCAUGGCCCUGGAUGCACUGGCUGACGGAGGGGUGAAAAUGGGCCUCCCGCGGCGCCUGGCGGUCAGACUCGGGGCACAAGCCUUGCUGGGAGCUGCCAAAAUGCUGCUGGACUCUGAAGAGCACCCCGGUCAGCUCAAAGACAACGUCUGCUCCCCCGGAGGUGCCACCAUCCACGCCCUGCACUUUCUGGAGAGUGGGGGCUUCCGGUCUUUGCUCAUCAAGGCAGUUGAGGCCUCCUGCAUUCGAACACGAGAGCUACAAUCCAUGGCUGACCAAGAGAAGAUCUCCCCAGCUGCCCUCAAGAAGACCCUCCUAGAUAGAGUGAAGCUGGAGUCCCCCGCAGUGUCCACGCUGACACCAUCCAGCCCAAGGAAGCUCCUCACAAGAAGCCCACCUCUGGGAGACAACAAGGACUGA